AUGGCAUUUGGUUGUGAAAUGAUAAAUCCGAUCAGUAUUGUGAUUAUGUGUGCAUUAUUUUCCACUGCAAUCGCAAUCGACGAAUCAUCUAACGGCACGAUACAAAUAUGCGAAAUUGAGGAUCCAAUGAGUGACGGAAUUAACCAAUGUACACAUCUCAUAUGCCCAAAUUUGCAUUCAAGUGCUCAAUGGAGGCAACAUGGUGACUGUGUAGUGGCACGUAAGAUGUAUCCUUACUUGAAGAUUUUGUACAGCAUAACGCAUACCCCAAACGAAUUGAGUGCAAUAUUAGGUGAUAAGGAAAAGCGUGAAGAAUUCAUUAAACAGGCAUACAAUGAUGUCUCUUCCAAUAACUUUGUUGGAUUGUAUUUGAAUUUGCAACACACAGCGGUCAGAUGGACCGAAACGAAAGAGUCAAUUGAUAACGAAACGUUGGUGUCACUCCUGAAAGAGCUCAAGCAAAUGUUCGAACCGACCGGUCUAUUGCUUAUCAUCAGUUUUAACAUAGUAAUAACAAAGGAAAUGAUGCCAACUUACCUUACAUUUUAUACAUCUUCAAAUCGUUAUUACUACAUGUACGAUUUUGUUUCCAUAUCGAAAUAUGUCGAUUACAUGGUGUAUCGGCCGGAGUUUUGGCAAGAAAAUGAUCGAUUUAAUCAAUAUGACGAUCUCAUCUUAAUGGGUGUACCAUCGAGAAAAAUCAUCAUGAAAUUAGGACAAUUGAGAGUAGCUCAAUGGCUUGAUGCGAACGCUAUACGUUUUGGCACAGAACGGAAUCUGGGUGGUGCUUUCUACAGUAUUGUGAAAGCAUUGCCAAAAACAGAAACGAAAAAGGAUGUGGUUCAUAGAGUCGAUAAGAACAACACUAUUGAAUUAGUGAAAAGUGUACUUAACGCUAUCGUUGUGCUCAUCGAUAUUAUUCUUGAGUUGAUUGAAAAGUUUUACCCAGAUUUUAGGAAGUAA